AUGGAAACCGACGGCGACGGCGGCAGCAGCAGCGGCGCAGGAAAAUUCACCCGCGCCGUAUCCACCCGCACCCUAACGGACGUCAUCCACGACGACCCCGACGAUGGCGACUCGAAAGAGGAGCUCCGCGGCUGGAGGCACUUCAAGGAAAAGAUCCGCAGCCAAGGCCGCCGCGCCGGCAGCGGCUCCGCGUGGACGUCGAGCGUGUCCGUCCCGGCCUCGGACGUGCCGGUCCAGAAUCGCGUCAUGUUCCGGCACCCCUCGGGCCGGGUGAGCGCGGCCCCGGAGUCCGACCCGGGCAUGCUGCAGGGCGCGGAGAUCGGGGCCGUGCCGCAGCAGGACUUCCUCUCCUCCAGCCUGAGGCGCAACUCCAGCGGCCGCAACGAGAGGAGCGGGAGGUUCGACAGCGACCCCUCGCCCCUGCGGCGGCUGCAGGAGGAGGAGGCGGCGGAGGAGGAGGGGGGCGGGGAGGCGGAGGGGCAGGUGAAGAUGUCGCUGAUGUCGCUGCUGGCGGAGAACGAUGACGAGUACGGGAUGGAGGAGGAGGAGGAGGAGGAGGAGCAGGACGGGGGAGAGGCGAAUAUUAACUGUAGUAUUUGUAUGGUGAGGCAUAAGGGGGCGGCGUUUGAUCCGUGCGGGCAUUCGUUUUGCCGGCUGUGUUCGAGGGAGAUGUGGGUUCAAGGGGGCAAUUGCCCUCUCUGUAAUAAUUAUGUUUUGGAAAUUCUUGAUGUUUUCUAA